AAUGCUGCCUCCGUCACUUCUAUUGCUAGCAGUUCUCAUCUCAGGUGGUGACAAUGAGGAUGCUUUCCAGGGGCCAACCUCUUUCCACGUCAUCCUGAUAUUAUCCUUUGCCAACAGCACCUGGGCACAAAAUCAAGGCUUAAGCUGGCUGCAUGAUUUGCAGAUUCAUGGAUGGGAUAGUGACUCAGGCACUACUAUUUUCCUGAAGCCCUGGUCCAAGGGUAACUUCAGUGACGAGGAGGUGACUGAGCUGAAGGAGCUAUUUCUAGUCUAUUUAAUUGGAUUCAUUCGGGUAAUACAGGACCAUGUCAGUGAAUUCUAGAUGAAAUACCCCUUUGAGAUCCAAGGCAUAGCAGGCUGUGAGCUGCAUUCUGGGGAGGCCACAGUAAACUUCUUGAGGGGAGCUUUAGGAGGCCUGGAUUUCCUGAGCUUGAAGAAUGAUUCACGUGUGCCUGUCUCAGAGAGCAGCAGCAUGGCACAGCACACUCAGAACCAAGGUAUCUAUGAUACCAUAGAGAAGCUCCUCUUAGAAACCUGCCCUCGAUAUCUCUUAGGUGUUCUCAAUGUAGGGAAGGCAGAACUGCAGAGGCAAGUAAAGUCCAAAGCCUGGCUUUCAAGUGGACUCAGUUGUGGGCCUGGCCUUCUGUUGCUGGUGUAUCAUGUCUCAGGAUUUUACUCAAAACCUGCAUGGGUAAUGUGGAUGAGAGGUGAGCAUGAGCAGCCAGGAACUCAGCAAGGUGACAUCCUUCCCAAAGCUGAUGGGACAUAGUAUCUCCGAGUAACCCUAGAUAUUGCGGCUGGGGAGGCAGCUGGUCUGAAUUGCCGAGUGAAGCACAGCAGUCUAGGAGGCCAAGACAUUAUCCUUUACUGGGGACACCCCACCUCCAUCGGUGUGAUAUGUUCAGCAAUAAUUGUGCCCUCCUUGAUCCUUUUCAUAUGUCUUGUGUUAUGGUUUUUGAGGCACUG